AUGGGAGGCCCCUCCGGAAAUCCCUACGCCAACAACCGCCACGCGGAUGUGUUGAACGAGGAACCAACUGAAGAGGCGGCCAAGAUCCGCCUUGUCGAAGAGGUCAAGAAUCGAGCCAAAGGUGCCUUUGCGCAGAAGGACAUGCCGAGUGCGGAGCUUCUUUAUGGCAAGGCCAUCUCCCUCUUGUCCUCGAUGCCUGAGAAGAUGGAAGCCACUUUGUACUCCAAUAGGUCGAUGGUGAGGUUGAACCUCAACAAGGUAGAGGGCGCGCUCGAGGAUGCCAACAAAUGCCUGGAGCUGGACCCAAAAGCCGUGAAGGCCCAUCACCGCAAGGCGCAGGCGCUGCUGCGCCUGUCGGAAUGGGAUGAUGCAAUCAAGGCAGCAGAGGAGGGCGCCAAGUUGGAUCCUGAGAACAAGGCCUUUCCUGAGCUCAUUGAGAAGGCACAGAAAGACCGGGAAAAGGAUGCAGCCGACAAGGCCAGGCUCAAGGCGGACGCCCAGGACACCCGCGUUGAGCUCCACAAUGCCUCCACCGCGAGAGCGCCACCGAAGCCCAAGGACAAGGCUGACAAAGAGAAUGAGGGCGGCGAGAUGCGCGGCUACAAAAAGACGGCAGACGGUAGGACAACGUCGUACUUCCACACAGAGAUCUCGGACGAGGCAAAGAAGCUCAUCGAGGCUCAGGGAUUUGGAAAGCCUCAGAAGCUGGAUGCCCCUGCAGAGGCGGGCGAUGUCAAGGGGGGUGGCAGCCAGUGGAACCAGGCAGGCACCUACGAGGAGAAAGGCAUGACGAAGUGGCUGGAGGACCGUCUUAAGAGCGGCCUCAUCGGGCUCCACUUCAACCUGCCGCAGAGCGACGGCAGCAUCUCCACUACGGCAGUGGCGGACCUGAAGGGCGACUGCUCCAUCUCCGUUUCCAGGGGGAAGCGGAGGCACCUCAUGGACGUUUCAUUCAAUGUGGAAUAUGAAGCGAAGGUUGGUGGUUCCUCCGGCACCGGCAAGCUUGCUUUCACCGAGGUCACCAGUGAUGGGGACGAUCCUGAGGUGAAGAACGAGCCUGCAGGGGAUGCACCACCGGCCAUUCGGGAGGUUUUGGAUGCUUUCGUAAAGCCUGCUGGCCAGGGACUGCAGCCCCUUGUGAUGGCAGAAAUCCGAAAAGCGAUCGAGGAGUACAAGGGCAAAUGA